AUGAGUAAGGAUUUCGAUUGGCCCGUUGGAUACAAUGAUGAACUCAACUGCUCUAUCAACCCAGAUGAAGCGGUUGCUUUCGGAGCUGCCGUUCAAGCUGCAGUCCUCUCUGGAGUCAGAGAUGACACCAUCAAGGACGUCGUCCUCUAUGACGUGACUCCUCUGAGUUUGGGAAUCAAGCUUGUUGGAGGACGAAUGAGCAAUGUUAUCAAUCGUAAUACACGUAUCCCAGCAAAUGCUACCGAGCCAUACACCACAGUUGAUGACAAUCAAACAAGUGCGGACAUCUUCGUCUACGAAGGAGAACGAGCUAUGGUUAAAGACAACCAUCUACUCGGACAUUUCAAGCUCUGUGGAAUCCCACCAGCGCCACGGGGAACUCCGACAAUUGAUGUGACUUUUAAUAUCGAUGCAAAUGGGAUUCUGAAAGUCACUGCUAAAGAUAGGGGUUCUGGUAGUUCAAAUAGUAUUAAUAUCCAAUAUGAAAAGGGAAGACUAUCGCAGGCAGAUAUUGAUCGAAUGGUCCAAGAAGCUAAACAGUUUGAAAAAGAGGAUGCUCAACGAAGAGACAAGGCGAAUGCCAUAAACGCGUUUACAGAUUACGUGUAUCAAUGGAAACAGGCAGUCGAAAAGUACGGUGAUCGGCUGAGCUCGAGAGAACGGACCAUCGCAAAAGAGGCUGUAGAUAACGCGCUUCGUUGGGCGAAAUCCGACGGUAUCGAGAAACAUCAUUUAGAAAAUGUCGAAAAGAUGUUUAAAGAGCUCUUUGAGGUGAUGAAGAUCACGGUGGAGAGCUAA